AUGGCUUCAAACCCUCCGGCAUCCUGUUGCGCCACGGGCUUCAAACAUGAAGGCACCGCCAAGGGCAAACUGUCCAAUCUGAAAGAUUUCGAAGUUUACGUUAGUUAUCCCGAUAGCGGAUCAACUGAAAAGGGCAUUUUAAUCUUGACCGACAUUAUCGGACACAAACUCAUUAAUGUCCAACUCAUUGCUGAUCAGUUCGCACAAAAAGGCUAUUUUGUCAUGAUCCCGGACCUGUUUGACGGCGAUCCAGUACCCCUGAACAAACCCAGCGACUUUGACAUGCCUACCUGGCGGAAUGGUAAGUACCAUCCUGAUGGUACUGCUCACAUUUCCUCAAACAUUGACCCCAUCGUCGAUGCUUGCUUGUCCGAGAUGCGCACCAAAUAUGGCUGCAAGAAAAUAGGUGCAGUAGGGUACUGCUUUGGCGCCAAAUACGUGGUACGACAUUUACAGCCCAAAUCAGGAAAGGUUGAUGUCGGCUAUAUCGCUCACCCGAGCCAUGUGACGCCAGAGGAGCUUCGAGGCAUCAAGGGACCGUUGGCCAUUGCGGCAGCAGAGACAGAUUCGAUAUUUCCAGCUGAGAAGCGACGGGAGAGCGAAGAUAUCCUGAGGGAGCUUGGGCUUCCAUAUCAGAUUAAUCUGUAUAGUGGAGUGAAGCAUGGUUUCGCUGCCCGUGGAGACCCCAACGAUCGGAUUGUUGCGUACGCCAAGGUGACAGCGUUCGUUCAAGCUGUUCAGUGGUUCGGAGAGUUUUUGUUAAGUGUCUAG